ACUUCCGUGUUGGCGGGAUUCUGAACGCUGCCAUGGCUCAGACCGUGCAGAACGUUACAUUGUCGCUCACUCUGCCCAUCACGUGCCACAUUUGCUUGGGGAAGGUACGCCAGCCUGUCAUAUGCAUCAACAACCAUGUAUUUUGUUCAAUUUGUAUCGAUUUGUGGUUGAAGAAUAAUAGCCAGUGUCCAGCUUGCAGAGUCCCUAUCACUCCUGAAAAUCCUUGCAAAGAGAUUAUUGGAGGAACAAGUGAAAGUGAACCUAUGCUAAGCCAUACAGUCAGGAAGCACCUCCGGAAAACUAGACUUGAGUUACUCCACAAAGAAUAUGAGGAUGAAAUAGAUUGUCUGCAAAAAGAGGUAGAAGAACUUAAGAGUAAAAAUCUCAGCUUGGAGUCACAGAUCAAGACUAUUCUGGAUCCUUUAACCUUGAUGCAGGGCAACCAAAAUGAAGACAAACAUCCAGUUGCAGAUAAUCCAAGUAAAAUUGACCCAGAAACUGUAGCAGAGUGGAAAAAAAAACUUAGAACAGCUAAUGAAAUCUAUGAAAAAGUGAAAGAUGAUGUGGAUAAGUUAAAGGAGGCAAAUAAAAAUUUGAAAUUGGAAAAUGGUGGCCUGGUGAGGGAGAAUUUACGACUGAAGGCUGAAGUUGAUAACAGAUCACCCCAGAAGUUUGGAAGGUUUACAGUAGCUGCUCUUCAGUCCAAAGUAGAACAAUAUGAACGUGAAACCAAUCGCCUCAAGAAAGCCCUGGAACGAAGUGAUAAGUAUAUAGAGGAAUUAGAAUCUCAAAUUGCACAGCUAAAAAAUUCAAGUGAAGAGAAGGAAGCUAUGAAUUCCAUUUGCCAGAGAACACUUUCUACAGAUGGCAAGGGGAGCAAAUGCAGCGAGGAGGAUAUGGCAUCAAAGAAUCAAGGUGAUGGUGCCAGAAAGCAGCUUGGCUCAUCCACCUCGAGUUCUCACCUGGCAAAGCCUUCUAGCAGUUCUGCCAGACAGGAAGGCAUCAGCAAAACAGAACCAAAUUGUUCUAAGAACAAAGACCUAUAUCAAAAACAAGUGGAAAUAAUGUUAGAUGUGACAGAUACAAGUAUGGAUACUUAUUUGGAAAGAGAAUGGGGUAAUAAGCCAAGUGACUGUGUCCCCUACAAAGAUGAAGAACUUUAUGAUCUUCCAGCUCCUUGUACUCCGUUGUCCCUGAGUUGCCUUCAGCUCAGUACUCCAGAAAACAGAGAGAGCUCUGUGGUCAAAGCAGGAGGCUCCAAAAAGCACUCAAACCAUCUCAGAAAAUUGGUGUUUGAUGAUUUUUGUGAUUCUUCAAGUGUUUGUAAUAAAGAUUCUUCAGAAGAUGAUAGAAGUGGAAAUGAAAAGAAAUCAGACUGUUUUACUUCCCCAAAGACAGGAUUUUGGGAUUGUUGUUCCACAAGCUAUGCCCAAAGCUUGGAUUUUGAAAGCUCAGAGGGGAACACAAUAGCAAAUUCUGUUGGAGAAAUUUCUUCAAAAUUGAGUGAGAAAUCAGGCUCAUGUUUAUCCAAGAGGUUGAAUUCUAUUCGCUCUUUUGAAAUGAAUCGGACAAGAACAUCCAGCGAAGCAUCAAUGGACGCAGCUUACCUUGACAAAAUCUCUGAGUUGGAUUCAAUGAUGUCAGAGUCAGACAACAGCAAGAGUCCUUGCAAUAACGGUUUUAAGUCGGUGGAUUUGGAUGGUUUAUCGAAGUCGUCUCAAGGCAGUGAAUUUCUUGAGGAAUCAGAUAAGUUGGAAGAAAGAACUAAGCCAAACCUUUCCAAAGGUUCUCUAACUACUGAUCAGUUAGAAAAUGGAAAUGAAUGGAAACCCACUUCUUUUUUUCUCCUCUCUCCCUCUGACCAAGAAAUGAAUGAAGAUUUUUCACUCCAUCCCAGUUCUAACCCAGGAACUAAUGAAAUCAAACCCCCAAGCUGUUUGUUUCAGACUGAGUUUUCCCAGGGUGUUUUGUUAAGCAGUUCACACCGGCUAUUUGAAGAUCAAAGGUUUGGGUCAUCUUUGUUUAAGAUGUCCUCAGAGAUGCAUGGUCUUCAUAACCAGCUUCAGUCUCCUUGGUCUACUUCCUUUGUGCCUGAAAAGAGGAAUAAAAAUGUGAAUCAAUCAACGAAAAGAAAAAUCCAGAGCAGUCUUUCCAAUGCCAGCCCAUCAAAAGCAACUAAAAGUUGACUCAUUAGAAAGCUGUCAUUUAUGUUUUUGUCCUGAGAGGAAUAUAAGUUUUUAAAGUUACUGUUUUCCCCUCAUAAAAGUUCUGUACAAUUUUGAAUUGAUAAUCUUUAGUCAAGUGUCAAAUCAGAAUGGUGGAUUAUCCUGUUCCCAGAAUACUUCUGUUCAUUUUGAAGAGUUCUUUUUCAUUUGGGGGUCUUUUUGACCAGAAAGGAUAGGGAGAGGGUUUCUUCUUAAUAGUAUAUGUGUCUGGUUUGGGUAUGUUAUGUUUUCUUGAAUCUUGAUUUAACUGUUAGAUACAAUGGCCUGUUAAUGAGCCUCAGUUGUCUUCAGGACUUGGAUUUCUUAAAUAAAACUUUAGUGUUGUCUACACAUGCUCAUAAGACAGUUGAGUUUCUUUAAAGCUUUUCCUGGAGUGGAAAUUAUUUUGCCUGGCCCUUUUUAUUUAUAUUUAGUUAUGGCCUAACUUUUAUGCAAGGCGGUGGUGGAGAAAUAGCACUCUAACCUUACUCCAGUAUUCAUUUACGUUUUUCUAGAUUUUAUGCAUUUUUAACAUUUGUCCAGUUUUUGUGAAAAUUCAUAUUUUGCUGGUAUGAAAGAAUACAUUUUCUAUAUGAAAACAUUUGUUUUAUGUCAGGUAGCUUUCAUUUGUUUAUCUUUUUGUGUGUGUUAACAAUCAGAAUUUGAGCCUACUUGGGAAGGAAGGCAUAGAACGGUUGGGUCUGGAGAAGCCUAGACGUGGUAGCUGCAUUGUUCUGGAUAUGCAGGUGCAGAAGCGCUCAUUGCGAAGUUCUUGAUCCACUCGCACGCCUGGGAAGCUUGUUUUUGGAGUGAUGAAGUUCUUGUUUGCAUGCUACUGUCCUUUAUGGAAACUCUGUGUGCAUGGUGGUAGCAUUCUUGCUUGCACUGUUUUCCUUACUUAAGAAAAAGAAGUUUCAGUUGGCUAAUAGAAUAUCUUUUAUGUAGGACAAAAUUUUUUUUUCAUGAAGUGUUGACGAGGUGAGAGUAGGUGAGCUAAGCACAAUUUUUAAUUUAGGCUUUGAAAAAGUAUAUUAUUCUAAACAUGUUUGGUGUGCCUAUAUGGGCCUUUAAAAAUGGUUUGUAUGCUAAUGACUUGUUUAUCUAAUGUGCACUGAACAUUUUACAUUAAUACUGUACUGUCUUACAUUAAUACUGCAUGCUUUUCUAUGUGAAUUGAAUAAAAGAUGUCAUAAGCACUGUAA